GAAGAAGAAGAAGAAGAAGACGCAAGAAGGACGGAAGUACGUUCCAGUGUAACACACGCCAGCAAAAUUUGGGUUGGGUGUUUGAAACAACAAUUUCUAACACGUUAUAACAUUAUUAGUAAGGCCUCAGCAACAUGGGAGGUGGUGACCUUAACUUGAAAAAGAGUUGGCAUCCGCAAACUCUGAAAAACAUCGAGCGAGUGUGGAAAGCAGAGCAGAAACAUGAUGCUGAGAGAAAGAAGAUCGAGGAGUUGCAGAAGGAGCUUAAAGAGGAACGAGCCCGAGAAGAGAUUACCAGAUAUGCGCAAGAGACAGGCGCUGUAAAGAAAAAAGAUGACCGCUUGGACUGGAUGUACCAGGGUCCAGCAGGACAGAUUUCUCGGGAUGAAUACCUUCUUGGUCGCCCCAUCGACAAGCAGAUCACACAGCAGUAUGAGGAACCUGAGAGCGGACCAUCAGCUGAGACAGGACUACUUCCUGGUUCCAUAUUUAACCCUACAAGUUCUGUCUCUACUAAUGAUAUGGCUGUCAAGAUCAGAGAAGACCCUCUUUUUGAGAUCCGCAAACGUGAAGAGGAAAAGAAGAGAGGGGUUCUUACAAAUCCUGUUAAAAUGAAAGAAAUCCAAAAGAUGUUGCGUCAUAAUCUUGAAAAGGAAAAAAAGAGGACACAAAAAAAGAAAAGGGAGAAGGAGAGAAGGAAAGAGAAAAGGCACAGAAAGAGGAGGUCAAGCUGUAAUGAGGAUAUGACAAAGAAUAGGACAAAAGAGAGACGAUCAGAUGUCUCAACCUCUAAUAGACAUCACAAAUCAGGCUAUGGACUUCAAUUACCAGCAAACAGAUCUUCAGUAUCUAACUUCACAGAUCACGGUUCAAGAGACAGGAGUUGUUCCCCGUUGUCUUAUAAAACAGACAGGGACAAUCACUCCUUUAGAGGGACUGAGCAGAGACCUAAAACCAAAGACUCCAGCCCAUCAAGACACAGAUACCGCAAUCAAAGACAAUACACUAAUUACAGCAAGCACCUCUCAGCUGAAGAGUUGGAAAAGAAGAGAAGGGAAAUGAUGGAUUUUGCCCAUGAAAGAGAAUUGGAAAGGCAAAAUAAUGUGCAGAGGUACAAAAGACAAGAGGAACAGGAGAAAGCCAGAGACAGUGCCAAACAGGACCGUCAGGCUGGCUUCAUACAUGACAUGAAACUAGAGAGUGCUGCCACCUCCUCUCUGGAAGACCGUGUGAAGAGAAACAUUCACUCUAUUCAGAGGACCCCUGCUGCUCUGGAGAAGAACUUCAUGAGAAGAUGAGACCAUGAACAUGGAAACUUUUACAUCUAUCUUUUGUAUUAAGGUUUUAAGAUUUGUAGUUUUUAAUUAACAUCAUGAUGCCAGAUUAUGGUUGUAAAUAAAAUGUCCAAAUUACA